ACGGCCCUUCUUUACGUCACACAACGUCACCAGGAAGUCCACUGCAACCAAGGCGACAGCAUGGCAGAAUACACAGACCCACACGGUGAUGGAAAUGCGGACGGGAUGCCGGAGCUCUCGGACUGCGAGGAUGAUGAUGACAUUGAUGAUGAAGAGCAGUGGCAGUGGAUGGAGGAGGAGGACGGCCAGCAGGUUACUGUCACCUGUCUGUUCUGUGACAGGUUGCUGAGCUCCGUGCCCGCCACCGUGCAGCACUGCACAGCUGAGCACCAGGUCAAUCUUGUAGACGUGAUAAGAAAACAUAAUUUAGAUGACUAUGGUUACAUAAAGAUGAUCAACUUCAUACGGUCAACGAAAUGUGAUGCAUCCUGUCUGACGGGGCUGCCAGAUGCUCCCUUACCCUGGGAGAGCGAAGACUUCCUGCGACCGGUCCUACAGGACGACCCCCUGCUGCAGACAGACCCUGAGGAGCUCUGUGGCAGUGAAGGGUCGAGCCUGUUGACAAGCCAGUCGUCUGGGGCCCAGUCCCAUGAUGCACUGCUGCAGAGGGCACAAACCGCUGAGGAGAGAGCCCGUUCCUCAGAGGAGGCGCUGGCCAGAGCCAUGGAUGACCUGCACAAACUUAAGCUUCUGGCUCAGGGUCUGGUACUGAACGCAGGAACCGGCAAAUCUGGUAACCUGGGCACUGUGGCCGAGCUGCGAGAGGACGAGGACGAGGCCUACUUCAGCUCUUACGGCCAUUAUGGCAUCCAUGAGGAGAUGCUGAAGGAUAAAGUGCGCACAGAGAGUUACCGCGACUUCAUGUACAGCAACCCCGAGGUGUUCAGAGACAAGGUGGUGCUCGAUGUGGGCUGCGGGACUGGAAUACUGUCCAUGUUUGCCGCCAGAUCUGGGGCCAAGAAGGUCAUAGCAGUCGACCAAUCUGAAAUCAUCUAUCAGGCCAUGGACAUAGUCAGGUCCAACCAGCUGGAGGACAAGAUCACUCUGAUCAAAGGCCGCAUAGAAGACAUUAACCUCCCUGUGGAGAAGGUGGACAUCAUUAUCUCAGAAUGGAUGGGGUACUUCUUGCUGUUUGAGUCCAUGUUGGAUUCUGUCCUGUACGCCAGAGACCUCUACCUGGCUGACACUGGAUCAGUCUAUCCAGACCUUUGUAACAUCAGUCUGGCAGCAGUUGGAGACACAAAAAGGCACCAAGACCGCAUUGCAUUCUGGGAUGAUGUGUAUGGCUUUAAUAUGGCAUGCAUGAAGAAGGCUGUGGUGCCUGAGGCUAUGGUAGAAGUGGUGAAAGCAGACACACUCAUCUCUGAACCUACAGUCAUACAGACCAUUGACUGUAACAAAGUGUGUCUGUCGGAGUUGGAGUUUGCAUCAGAUUUCUGCUUGAAGAUAACAAAUGCCACAGACUGCACAGCAAUUGUCGGCUACUUUGACAUUUUCUUUGACAAAGGCUGCAGCAACAAGGUGAUGUUCUCCACGGGUCCUCAGGUCACCAAGACACACUGGAAACAGACUGUCUUCCUACUGGACAGGCCUGUCUCUGUCCAAGCAGGGGAGGAGCUCCGGGGAAAAAUCACUGUGCGUAAAAACAAGAAGGACCCUCGCUCACUGUUGGUCACCCUUGACCUCCGAGACAGGAAGCAGACUUACAGCCUGCAAUAGCCUCAGCCGUGCCGUGGUACAACAUCCAUUUUUAUUGACCAUCCAUGCAUUCACAGCAUGUGGGAGCAGGGUGGAAUUAAACUCUUGGUUUUGAUGUUGAAGUGAUGUAAGGAUUGUUUCUGUGCCUUGUAAUAAAAAACCUAAUGAGA